UCAGCGCUUACUCGAAUCCCUGAAGUACUCGUCAAUAAAAAGUAGAGAUAGUGACAUGUAAGAUAUCUCUCGUCAGUAUAGUAACGUCUAUCCAACCAACAACAUGAGUGAAGUGAUUGCAGAGACACAAACCGGCAAAGUGUGCGGUAAAAAAGAUAUUGGAUUUAAUGGCAUUGAAUUUUGCUCGUUCAAGGGCAUUCCGUAUGCCAAACCACCCGUUGGCGAACUGCGUUUUAAAGAUCCCGAGCCAGCGGCUUCGUGGACAAAUGUUCGCGUUGCAACUAACUUUGGUCCAAAUUGUGCUCAAAGAGAUUUUUUCACAAAGCAAAUUGUGGGAAGCGAUGAUUGCUUAUACUUGAAUGUCUAUGUGAGAUGUAUUACAUCAAAACAACGAUGGCCAGUUAUGGUUUGGAUUCACGGUGGUGGUUUUGUAUGUGGUUCUGGUGAUGAAUCGUUUUUUGGGCCAGAUUAUUUUAUGUCGAAAGAUGUUGUUUUGGUCACAAUCAAUUACCGGGUUGGUGUUUUAGGCUUCUUGAAUUUGGACGAUGAGGUGGCACCUGGUAAUCAAGGUUUGAAGGACCAAGUGAUGGCUUUGACGUGGGUACGCAAUAAUAUUGAAAACUUUGGUGGAGAUCCCUAUAACGUAACGAUUUUCGGUGAAAGUGCUGGUGGCGCAUCUGUUCAUUAUCUGACUAUCUCGUCAUUAGCAAAAGGUUUAUUCCAUAAAGCUAUUUCACAAAGUGGCGUUGCUCUCAAUCCAUGGGCAUACCACUCGAACGUAGAAUUGAAAGAAAAAGCGCACAGAAUAUGUCAAGAAUUAGGUCAUACCGGAAAAGAUGCUAAAUCUAUUGUUGAAUUUCUUAGAAUGACUGACAUUAAAACAUUGAUCGAAGCUCAGGAAAAAAUUGUAUCUAAAGAAGAAAAAAUUCAAUUUAUAUUCUCUUUUGGUCCUACUACAGAUUCCAAAUCAAAAAAUCCUUUUAUGCCUAUUCAUCCCGAAGAAGCUACCUCUAAAGGAACUAAAGUACCUAUGAUUAUUGGCUACAAUAGCCGAGAGGGUAUGAUUUUCUUAUCGGAUCUACUGUUGGAAAAAAAUAACCUCGCAGAGUACAUAAAUGAUUCUGGCAAAGCACUACAUUCUAACACAAAAGAUACGAUGAAGAAAUUGUAUAAUUUGACUGUAGAAAAUUUAAUGCAUAUCUAUUUUAGAGACGAGACAAUAACAAAUAAAAAUCGUGACAAAUUGGCUGAUUUUAUGGGAGAUGUGCAAUUCGUGGAAGGCAUUCAAAGAGUUAUCAAGACACAAAUUGAAAACAGUGACUCGCUCACAUAUUUUUACCAAUUUACUUAUGACAAAGAAAUAUCUGUAUUCAAGUUAAUCAGUAACAUUAAUUUGACGGGUGCUUCUCACGGGGAUGAUAUAGAAUAUUUAUUUAAAACGCACUUUUUCAAGGAUAAAAUAGAAUCCCCGAAAAAAAGUUCCGUCAAGCAUAGGAUUAGCGAACAGAUGAUUGAGCUGUGGGUUAAUUUUGCCACCACUGGGAUACCAACACCAAAAUUAUCUCGCAUAUUACCAUUUACAUGGGAGCCAGUUAAUAAAGAAAUAGGCCUUCGCUAUUUGAAUAUCUGCGAUAAUGUACGUAUGGAGGUUGCGAUUGAUAUAGGCCAACAUUACGCCGCGCGAAAAUAUCCCAAGAAACGCGACAUUAUAGAAGUAGAAUCUUUGCGUGUUCACACGAGUAUAAUGGACGAGCUAGUUGUGGAGACACGAGCUGGAAAAGUGCAAGGUGCUAAGCAAAUCAGCUCUCGAGGUAAUGAGUUCUAUUCGUUCAAGGGCAUUCCUUAUGCCAAACCACCCACUGGCAAGUUGAGAUUUCAAGAUCCAAAACCUAUGGAACCAUGGACGGGUGUUCGAGAAACAACGAGUCACGGACAAAACUGUGCUCAAUUGGACUUUCUCACUAACGAAAUAAUAGGAGGUGAUGACUGCCUAUAUUUAAAUGUAUACGCGAAAUCUAUCGAUGCAAACGCAAAAUGGCCUGUGAUGGUUUGGAUUCAUGGAGCUGCUUUCGUUGCCGGUUCCGGCGAUGAUUCAUACUAUGGACCAGACUACUUUAUGUGCAAAGAUGUGGUUUUGGUGACGAUCAAUUACAGGUUUGGUAUUCUUGGCUUUUUAAAUUUACAAGACGAAGUGGCUACAGGUAAUCAGGGUUUAAAAGAUCAGGUCAUGGCUCUACGAUGGGUCCGCGAUAACAUAUCCAAUUUUGGCGGUAACCUUGAAAAUGUGACAAUUUUCGGCAGCAGCGUGGGUGCCGCAUCGGUGCAUUUUUUAGCUUUGUCCCCAAUGGCAAAAGGCUUAUUCCACAAAGUAAUUUCUCAGAGUGGCAGCGCGUUAAAUCCAUGGGUAUUUUUAUCAGAUCCCAAAGAAAAAGUUUACCAACUUUGUGAACACUUGGGAUUCACGGACAAACAGCCUAAAUCCAUCGUUCAGUUUCUCAGAUCGAUCGAUACGAAUGAAUUAAUAGAAGCACAAGAAAAUUUAUCAUUAAAAAAGGAAGGUAUCUGGUUAUCGUUUCCAUUCGGUCCGAGUUUGGAUUCCCAUUCAGACGAGCCUUUUAUGCCUGUUCAUCCGGAAAUAGCAGCCGAUGAGGGUAUACAGGUACCUUUGAUCAUUGGCCACAAUAGUCGUGAAGGAAUAAUUCAUUUGAAAGAUAUAGCAAAGCUUCUCGACAAAUUCAACAACGAAACCGACAAAGUGUUGCAUCCUAACGCAGUGGAAGUUAUUAAAAAAUUGAACAAUUUGACGCCUGAAAAUUUGAAACGCAUCUACUUCAACGAUGAAAAAAUAACGGCCGAAAAUUUGGAAAAGAUGGUAGACUUGAUUGGAGAUUUGUACUUUGUCGAAGGAAUCCACAGAAUUUUGAAAAAGCAAGUUGAAUCGAGUUGCGCACCGACAUAUUUCUAUCAACUAACCUAUGACAGAGGACCGUCUAUCAUGAAAAGAUUAUUAAACACGACGAUGAGCGGCGUAUGUCAUACAGAAGAGUUAAAGUAUUUGUUCAGAGCUCACUUUUUGGACGACAAAAUAACAUUCCCGGGAAUAGGAACAGAUGAGUAUAGAAUAACCGAGCAGUUAAUUGAGAUGUGGGUUACUUUUGCGACUGUGGGCAAACCAACGGCAGAUGUAUCGGCAUUAACGCCGUGUCAUUGGCUGCCUGUCAACGACAAAACCGUUCUAAGAUUCCUAAACAUCGGCCAAAAUUUACGCAUGGAGGUUGUUUUCAGUUUGGAGAAACUUUAUGCCGCACGCAAACAUCCCAAAAGCAAGUAGUGCAUGGCAUUAUAGCCGUUGUACUUUGAAAAAUUUUCCACUCUAUUGGAAUAAUGCAUUCAUUUGUAAUCUUCGUAGCAGUUACAGUAACUCGACUGUAUUAUUACACGUAGAAUUGAAAUAAAGAAUUUUUCAAUUGAA